CCCAGCCACAUUUCAAUUGGACAACAACCUAAUUUCUCAAUGUUUCAUUUUCUGCAGGAAAUGAUUCCACCAAAGCAGCACGCAUCAAUACACGUUUUACUAAUAAUAUUCGCGCUAAUCCACCUAACGCAUUGUGGAACGGAGCAACUUAUAAAACGCAUGGGUCUGCCACUUGAGGAACAUCAAGUACCGACAACCGAUGGCUACCUCCUUACGAUGUUUCGCAUUCCCGGAAAUGGAACCUCUUGCCCAGUAGUGCUUCUACAACAUGGCCUCUUGGGCUCAUCCGCCGAUUGGGUCAUUUUGGGUCCCGAUAAAUCUCUCGGCCAUUCCCUAGCCACUCGUGGCUACGACGUGUGGUUGGGCAACGCCCGCGGGAACACCAACUCGCGAAAGCACGUGUCACUGUCACCAGAUAAACCGCAGUUUUGGGACUUCAGUUGGCACGAAAUCGGUCUGUACGAUUUGACGGCGAUGAUCGACUACGUGCUGAAGAAAACCGGCAGUAAAUCGAUUCACUACGUAGGCCACUCGCAAGGGACUACAGCGUUUUUUGUUAUGGCGUCGUUGAAACCGAGCUACAAUGCGAAAAUUCGCACAAUGCAUGCCCUGGCUCCUGUCGCGUUCAUGAGUAGACUGAAGUCGCCAUUCAUACGAGCGAUCGUUCCAGUUUCCAACCAGCUGGAGUGGACGUUGCGUAUGUUGGGAGUCAACGAGUUUAUGCCUAGCAACAAGAUGUUAGAUUCAGGAGGUCAAAAGGCUUGCAAGGAUACAUCCAUGUUCCAAGAAAUCUGUGCGAAUGUACUGUUUCUAAUCGGAGGAUACAAUUCGCCUCAGUUGAAUCGCACUAUGCUACCGCUUAUUAUGCAGCAUAUCCCAGCGGGUGCUGCCGUCAAACAAUUGAUCCACUACGGUCAAGGGAUUAACAGUGGUCGUUUCCAACAGUACGAUCGAGGAACACUGGGCAACGUGGCCAAUUAUGGAUCAACAACUCCACCGGACUAUCCACUGAGGAACAUAACGGCGCCAGUGUUUCUACACUACGGCGACAACGAUUGGCUGGCAGCAGUUCCGGACGUUCGUCUGCUACACCGGCAACUCGGUAAUACCUCUCGACUACUUCGGAUUCCGGACAAACUGUGGAACCAUCUGGACUUCAUCUACGCUGUCGGGGCGAAAAGUUUGCUGUACAAUCGGGUCAUAGAUUUGAUGGAGCAGUAUGAUGAGAACAAAGCCGAGAAGUAUUCAUAG